GCGUCAAGCCUGACUGCCGCAUCUUCCAGGCUCCGUCUCAGGAUCCCCAGCCUCGCGUGAACCCCAGCCCUAACUCUGACCUCGCUGAGAACUCCUCUCCUAGCCCAUGGCCUGAAAUGAUCCUCAGCCCGCCCUGUCCCCACAGGCAGGCCGCUCUGGAGAUCACUGCCCGCUACUGCAGCCGGGAGCUGGAACAGUAUGGCCAGUGUGUGGCAGCCAAGCCUGAGUCCUGGCAGCGGGACUGUCACCACCUGAAGAUGAGCAUUGCUCGGUGCACAUCCACCCACCCGAUCAUCCGCCAGAUCCGCCAGGCCUGUGCUGAGCCCUUUGAGGCCUUUGAGGAGUGUCUGCGCCAGAACGAGGCCACGGUGGGCAACUGUGCGGAGCACGUGCGCCGCUUCCUGCAGUGUGCUGAGCAGGUGCGGCUGCCGCCUUCAUCCACGACGGUAGAGGCGCAGCCACUCCCCGCCUCUUGAGGACUCCUUUGGCUGCAGGAAAGCUGGAUAGGAAUACAUGGUCCCUUGGUGUUUCCACUUCUGAAGAGUGGCCGACUGGAGCCCUCAUUUUCCUGGAUGUUGGGACUCCCAAUAAAUGAGACUACACACUGGG